GACGUCAGCUUAACCUGCUGCGUAAACAAGCAUGGUGCACGAUGGUGUGAAUGUUUGAGCGCCGUCGACUGCAACUCAAGAUUUCGGUGCUCUGUGCUGUAAGGACAGCUUAGCCAGUCUAAACCUGACCCAUGUGUUGUGAUUGAGAAAAAUCCUGAUUGAGUAAAAAAAAAUUACUUAUAUAAUAAAGAUGUCAUCCACAUGCUCCUGCUGUGAAGAGGACUGUGAGAAGAAAGUGAGCGGUGUGGUGAAAGGCGUCCACGCCAAACUCAGAAAGAAACUCAAAGAAGCUGAUGGGGACUAUGAGCGUAUUUGGUUGGAGCACUGCGAGGAUGAGGCUAGUCUGGAUGAGUACGCCUUUGCUAUGCAACAUCUGGCCACGGAGCAUUGGUCUAGCAAACAUCCCGACGACCGCAUCAAGUGGUGCCAUCACGCCUGUAGGGAUUACUUCUUCCGUGGUGGUAUGAGCAGAGCCUUAACCAAAGACAAACGACGGAGACAGCAUGAUCAGGCGAAGCUGCCACCUUUGACCCCAAGGUGUGACCCGACCUACACGAUGAAUGGCAACCUAGUCAGUGGAUCAGGGGAUUGUGAUCACUGUAUACCGACGUCUGCAUCCUCAAAUCAGUACAAUACAAUAUCCUUACCGGUGCCAGGCCCGUUGAGAUUACUUGAUGUAGGUUCGUGUUUCAAUCCUUUCUUGCAAUAUGAAGAGUUUCUGUCAGUAGGCAUCGACAUCUCACCAGCAGUUGAUAGUGUACACAAGUGCGAUUUCUUGAAUUUGCAACUCCAGCCAUCUUUAGAAUGCGCGCCAGACACUGUGGACACGUAUCUGAGAACGUUGAAGAGCCCCGUAGAGACGCUACCACGUGAGACGUUUCACGUGGUCGUCUUCUCUCUUCUUCUCUCCUACUUCCCCUCCCCGUACCAACGCUGGAUCUGCUGCCAGAAGGCCCAUCAGCUGCUGCAACUCAACGGUUUGCUGUUGAUCAUCACGCCGGAUUCCUCGCAUCAGAACCGCAACGCUGCCAUGAUCAAGAGCUGGAGGAGAGCCGUGGAGAGUCUGGGGUUCCGACGCUGGCUCUACGUCAAGGACACUCACCUUCAUUACAUGGCCUUCAGGAAAGUCUCCCAGGAGCUGUCUCUUGCCAUGAGCGAUGCCGGACCGGACUUGCUGUACAUACCCCAAGACUUCAACGAGGAUCUUGAAGAGAGCGUGUUUGAUGAGAACUACCAACGAACAGGGGAAGAGGACCGUGUGAUCUCGGACGGUUUCUUGGAGUUACCUGGCGGAGCGGGAAAUCAUUUCACAUCGGAGGAUGAGGAAGAGAACGUGAUAUGCGAUGAUAGUUCUGAGGAGUGGUGGCAAGAUUCUCAGUGACCUUUGAACCUUGGGAUAUUUCUGAAACCUUGGCUUCCUUUCCAGCUUCGGGCUCUGCCUUGUUGACUUCAGGUCUUUAAGUUUGGAGCUACUGGCUUAUGGGCCCCUUUUCUGCUGCAAGAACAUCAAAUGUUAUAUUUCAUCACAGAUGACUUGGCUCCAUUUACUUACUCACCUCUGUUUACCCUUUCUUAAUAAUCAGUGCAAAACUUACUGAAAAACUUGUCCAAGCAACACCCUCUGUACCCACUGCAUGUCCCACAAGAGGCCCUAUGACACAAAGGCUCUUCCAGAAAAUUGUUUCCAAAAUUGCAGAGAUAAGUGAACAAAAGAGAGUGUUUUCUUCCUGGAAUGGAAAGUCCCUUUAAGUUUUGGCAUUUCCAUCACAGAAAACAGCUGUGCUCUGCUUGCUGGUGUCAUAUAAAAUUUGGACUCCCUAUGAAAUCGGGUCUCUUUUACCUUAUAUGGACUCUAACCCUCACAUGUCACCAGUCACUGCCUGAACUAUCUUCACAUAAGCAUGUGCAAUACAACUGAGUCUGUAUGUCAUCAAGUCCAAAUAUCACACUACACCGGAAAUCAGAUUUGCAAAGUAACUCUGUGGAGCUCAGUAGAGGAGGGCAGGGACAUGUAGCGGCAACCAAAUAAGUCUAAAAGUGGGUGAACAGAGCUCAUGUUUUCUUUCUAAAAUGGAAAAUCCAUUCAAAUUUUGGGAAGUUAAUUUUAACAAACCUGAAUCCUCCAAUUUAAUGUGAUUUUUCACACACCCUUGGGAGUUAUUCUUUUUAACCAGUUCGCGCCGGGAUUAUUUUGACAUUGACCGGACCCAGGUGCAGGAUUUGUUUUCACGAACCUCAAUGCCAGACGGGUUCAGGCCGUCAUCUGCGGGUAGCACAUACACCCUGAUAUAUUUCCGGCCUCGCUCGCUGCGAGUGGGUUGCAGACAGAUAUUUCUGGCCUCGCCCGUUGUGUGUAUAUCCGUCAUCCCUUUCGAACACCGCAAAAUCUUUGCGUGUAUACACGUCAUCUGACGUGAUCUGGUUAAGGGCAAAGUUUGUAAAUUUUUCCAUGUUGGUUCCAAAGCCUACAAGUGGUUCCAAAGCCUACAAGUGGUUCAGAAGCUAGAGGCAAAAGCCAGUGGAGUAAGUGAAGUCGAGGUUU